AUGAAAACAAGCGAAGAUGAUCCGUCUGUGGAGCCAUCAAGUCUCGAAUAUAUCGAAGAUUCAUAUCUUCCGAAACAUGACAAUAUUGUGACACCGUCGCUUGACGAAAUACCUGAAUACGAUGAUCGUUUUUUGAACUGUGAUGACUUAGAUGAGCUGGCUGAUAUUUAUGAUGAAAAUGGAGCUCGUCAUUGGUCCGAAGAGGCUGACGCUUAUUUUAGAUCUUUAACGCUUGAUCAAAUCCUAACAAUUCCUGAUAACCUAAUCGAUGAUUCACCAGAAUUGCAAACAGUUGAAACCGAAUUUAGUCCUUUAAAUGAAAAUUCAUCGGAUCAAGUGCUUACGAAAUCUAAUCGCUUAAAAAGAUAUUUAUUAAAUAUUAGUAAAUUAAGAUUUCUGACGAGGAAAAAAAUGCGCGAUGUUCGAGUUACAUUUGUUGAUUUCUCCAAACCUUAUCUCGCAAAAAUCUCAAGUCGUGAUAAUUACAAGAACUUUCUUCACAUCGGACACCUUCCAGAUGGGUCUGGAAAGUUGUCAGACAAUUCACCAGCUGGUUCUGUUGGUUCUGCAUCAGAAGCUUACAAUGAACUCGCUGGUAUGAGUCUGGAAGAACAAGAACAGCAACGUGCUGAAUGGAGUCAAGAAUUAUCAAGAGUUGAAGAAGAAAUUCAAACACUUCGAACUGUGCUCGCUUCGAAAAUUCAUCACUCGACUGAACUGAAACGCAAGCUCGGCAUCACUGUUUGGAAGGAGAUAACGGAUGAUGUUUCAUCGGGCAUUAAGAAUGUCAAGGAGAGUAAUGUUUAUCAGACGGUUGAAUCAAAAGUUGAUGGCUUUAAGACUGCUGUUGUUGAAACACCGAUUUAUCACAAAACCGAAGCCGUCCUUAAAACAACUGCUGAGAAAACUUCCUCGCUUUUCAGUGGAUUUACUAAUAAAAUCAGUCAAAUGAAGAAUUCCGAAUCAUUCAAAUCAUUCGAAGGGAAAGUCGGCGGUGCUUAUGAAAGUGUUAAGACAAAAGUGUCAACUUCACGUUCUGGUUCAGUUCAGAAUUUUAAUGACAUCGCAAGCUCCACUAACACAACAGCACCAACCUCACCAAUUCAUGAAGAGAAGCCGAUCGCAUAAAUUAGAAUUGAAAGUUUUUCGUUAGAAUUUUUAUUUCUGUCACAUAUUUAAAAUAUUUUUAUCGGUUUUACGUAUCGAUAUGAAGCCUAAAACUUGCUCUGUUUGUUAUUACAUUCGUCAUUCGAAAAGAAUAAUCACCACUUAUUUAAUUAUGUAUAUCUGGAAGAAAGAUUUAAGACAUCAAACACAGAAACAUUCAAAUUGUGCCUAAUUAAGUAGAUAUUUACAAAAAUAACUUCCUUCGCUAGUUCUUUAAUAAUUUUGAUUUAAAGUUUUGAAACAGCUUGCUGAAAGUUUCUUAAAAUGGAAAAAUUACUUCCAGACCAACUUUAAUCAUUAAAGAAAUUCAAUUAACGGCUAUUGAUGUCUUCAUUUCAUUUCCAGUUUUAUUUCUCUUUAUUAUAAACUUUAAUAAAAAGGAAAUCAAUUAUAAUGCAACAAA